GGAGGCCAACUCCCGGUACGCCCUGACCGGGUUCUACGGACAACAGGCUCCCGGGUGUCAGGCGGGCGCCGGGUCACACCGUCUCGACGGGAAAGUGGGGGCGUGCGGCGUGGUCAGUGGGGAGGAGGACGGACGGCGCUAUGUCGAAUGCGUGGCGGUGGUGGAGAUCCCGGAUAUCUUCCCUGUCCAGUACCUCCUGGAUCAUCCCGUCGUCGAGCCGGCGAAUCAGUCCGCCUACAGAAUACGUUGCCAAGAGGGUACGAAACAGCAAAAGAAUCAGUUUGGGGAAGCCGUUGGCACUGGCCGCUGGAAAGAGCCAUGUUGUCGGGAAAGGUCACGAGAAUGCUGUUUUGCGCGUGCCAACGAAUAACUUUGCUGUUGGAAAGUACACCUUCGACGUGCUGGCCGAGGGGCUGGAUUCAGCCGAUUGGGAUAUCCGCGUGGAGUCGUGUUGGGCGACGUACACUGAUAAUGCCGAUGAUCCGCUGCGCUACGACCUCAUUCACAGGGGGUGCUUCUUCGACCUGUCGACGGAGCUGGAGUUCCUCUUCACCGCAACGCACUUCGGCUACCGCUACGCCUUCACCCCCUUCCGCUUCCGCGGGCAGUCCACAGGCGCGGCCUUCGUGCACUGCCGGGUGGGUCUGUGCCAGGCUUCGGCGGCCGACUUCGGCGCCUGCAUGGGCCGCAACCUGGACCCAUUCUGCCGGCUGCCCACCGACCUGCGCAAGAUCACCCGCCAGGUGCCCGGCCGCAUCAGCGUCCUCAGUGGUCCCUCCAACCGCACCGUGCCGGCAGCCGUACGAAGGCCGAAACGGUCGCUUCCGGAGGCGGACGCAGUAUCCGCCGCGCUGCACGCACCGCUUCAACCUGCUUCGCUGUGGAUUGUAUAGUCGCCGUGUGUUCAAUGCCGGCUCGGUUCGCUCGUGAUUGUAGCAGUAUUAAUUGUUCUUCUCUGCGUUCUAAUCAACAGAUUUUACCCGGCUGUAGUCAGUGAUCUGCCGUAAUAGAAGUAAUAGAAGAGGAUAACCUUUGACCUUUGUGCAAAUACUAAGGGCGAUGACCUUUGGGCAUAUGUAAGAAUAUGUCGAUGACCUUUUUUGCAUAUCUAUACUUCGCUUACUGCCUUAUAUGGGCUCCCCUUAUAUUACUCUCCCUUAUCUGGGCUCCCGAGCAAUAUGAGCAACCCUCUACAUUGGCGGUUACGUUAUUACUCACAGUUUUGCAGCUGUUAUCAGUGUAUGACUGAAUGAAAAUUUAGAUGUAUGUACUUGAAAUACUUAUUUCGCCAGUACUUUUGUAGCAUUGAGUUUGUAUCAACGUUUGUGGCAUUUUUUAGUUUGUUCAUUGGCAAAUCCGGUUGAAAUUAAUGAAAAAUAUAUGUAGAUAAUAUAAUUAUAUAAAUAUAAUUCGGAUGUGAAAUUUCGGAAUUCUUUGAUGUGCUCACUUGUAAAUCCGGUUGAAAGAAGUAGAAAAGGGUUCUGCUAUAAAUCCGAUAAAUAAUUUGACGGGUAUUGCUCACUAGCCGGGAGCCCAGAUAAGGUAGAGUAAUAUAAGGGGAGCCCAUAUAAGGCAGUAAGCGAAGUAUAUUCCAGUGACUUUUGUGCUAAAAUGUAAUAUGACGAUGACCUUUG